GUCGACGUAGCGCUGUCUCCGCGGCGGCAGUUAACUUCUCGCUGUUAACGUGGCUAUAAUUGCAAGACGCAAGAAAGCAGUUUUAAUUGUUGUAAACAAGCGCGCCUGGUCGGUUCAUUGGGCUAAACAAUAACAAACGGCCAAAAGUUCUCCCGCGAGUUGUUCCAUCAUUUGUUGUUGUUGAUAAAGGUCUUGAAAAUUAAACGAAAAACCCCAAAACGUUUGGCGCCAAGUACCAUAGUAAACAAUUAUUUUAAAUAAGCAGUAAAAAUUAUUUGAAAUAUAUAAAUGAAAGUGAAAAAAUGUGUUUAUAAAGAAUAGACAGCCGAAGGAUGUAGAGUAUAUGCAUAUGUUUAUUGCUAAGAUAAAUUCCCCGCCUGCAAAACAGUAAACAGUAAACAGCAGAAAUAUAUAUGAAAAAAGGAGAGCCUUAAUGCCAACGAUCAAUAUUUGUGCAACAAAUCAGCAAUGAGAGCGGCCUGUAUCUGUGAGAUACAGAUACAAUUUUCAACAAAACCCGUACGAGAUGCGUGAGGCGAAUUAACACCGAUGCGUUAACACAAUUAGUUGAAAAGUGAAAAACCGCGUAAAGUAGAAGCUGGAGAUUAAAUAAAAUAAAAUCGAUAUGCCAAUCGGGAGUGUCGACAAAAAGCGGGCCAGCAAAUUUGCAACUUUACACUCGGCGCCCGUUUUCAGUCGCGCAAUGAAGCUCCAGCAUCGCGGCUGAGUUCAAGAAAGAAAUAUACGAAAGCACAUGUGCCAACCGUACUAAAACUAAGUGGCAAAUAAAUACUACAGAAUACAUCGAGUUCUGAAACAUGGCUGAUUUAUUGAAGGCUCUUAAUAUUACGGGCAACCUGCUGGCAGGCCUCGAAGACACCAGCAAUCUAACGAUUGCAACUGCCACAACCACAACUCUGAGUGAAGGCCUCAAUGGCAACGCGACGACCUUGGACGCCGCAGCGUCCACCAAUAGUGGCGAAAAACUCGAUCUGGGCGGCUUCGAUCUGCCCGGCAACUACUCCAUACUCAUUAACAAACUGGAGCAGCUGGCCUUGGGCUUGGACUCGGCCUUGGGAAAUUUCACCAUCGAUCGCCAGGAGGUCGAGAUCAACUUGAGUGGCGCGGCCUCGGCCAACGAGGUUGCCGAUGUGGCCGACGAUCUCUUUGAUGUCCUGCCAGCUGCUCGGGCACCGCCGCCGCACAUAGCACACGGAUCCAGGAUAUACACGGGCGACGAUGGCCAGGACUUUGCCCACGUGGUCAGCGAUAUCUGGAUUGGGGUCAUCCUAACACUGCUCAUCGUCUUUGUGAUAUUCUUCAUUUGCGCUUGCUUCGUUUACCACAAGUUUCAGCAGUGGAAGAAUUCAUACCGUGCCAACCACAGUGAUCCAACGAUUGAGAUCUGCCGCCGCUGUCCGCCGGACUACGAGGCGGAGUCGCUGCCCUCGUAUACGAUUGUGUCCGGACUGCCCACGUACGACGAUGCAUUGGAGGAGUUCCGGAAGGCAGGCAUCAUCCUGACCCCCGCCGUGGUGCCCAUCAUCAAGAUCUUCGAGUGCACCGAAACCGGCAAGGAGCAGGCGGUGGGCUACAGCCUGGUGGAGACGAACAUGGCGAACGCUGAUGCCGCCGCGGAUAAUGUGUCGCUGGCCUCGACCACCUGCAAUUGUGGCAACUCCUCGCCCACCUCAUCGCUGCCCAGUUACAGUGCCGCCACAGCAGCCGCGAUGGCAGCGGCGGCGGCUGCUCCUCCCCAGGUGAUCGAACUGUCGCCGGAACAUCUGGCCUCCUUGUCCCAGAAGCGUCUCUCCCUGCAGAUCUCAUUCAAUAACUCGGUGCGCCGGCAGUCGCCGCUCAGGAAUCAUCUGCUGAGAUCCCGGGCGGUGGGAAAUACAGCCGGCGUGGGGCCUUCGGAGGCAGCCGGUCCUGCCAUUCACGGGUCAGGAGCCCACGGAGUCCGUGGCGGCGGAAAUGCCACCAUCCUGCCCGUCCUGCAUCGCUCCUCCUCCACAAUUUCACUGUCCAACGAACGCCAGUUGCUGGAUCAACGCCUCAGGCAUCUGCAUCAUCGUGGUUCCCUCUACUGAGAACCCAUAUAGAGCAUUUGAACUGCCUGACUAAUCCUUCCUAGAGGGUACUCCCUACGUUAUUCAUAUCCCAAGAGUUGUUAGUUUUAAGACACAGACAUAAUAAACAUGCGUUGUUAUAUGA